GAUGAUAGUGUUGUAAGAUGGCGCCCAGCGAAAUAUGAGUGUUUGAGAAAAAGAAAAACUACAGCUGGCCAUCUAACGAAAAUUAAGAGAAAUAAAGAGUACGGCAGCCACACGGAGGCGUGAAUAGCACUUCGCUUUCCGGUUUGUUAGAAGAGGAGCGCUGUUUCAAGGGCAGAGAAGCGGUUGUGGGUGGCUCGAGCCUCGGCCCGUUUGAGGAAGAGAGAUCCUCCCCAGAGAAGAAGACCCAGUCAGCAGCAAUGAAUAACUCCCUGGAUGGCACAGGCUCCUAUGAGGAGCUUGUGAGGCAGAAAGCUCGGAGCAUCCCUCAGCAUCGCAUGAAGGAGUUCCUGGAGUCCUUGGCCAGCAAAGGCCCAGAUGCCUUGCAGGAGUUCAGCCAGCAAGGCGGAGAUACUACGACCACUACCACCACUAUGGUCUACCAACAAGAGGCUAACUGUAUCUACACAGACAGCACAGAGGUGGCAGGAUCAUUGUUGGAGUUGGCUUGUCCGGUUCAGGUGCAGGUUCAGCCGCAGCAGCAACAGAUACAGGAGUCCACGUCUCAGCAGCAGUCUGUACAACAGAAUGCAGAGCAACAGAUUGUGCAGGUGCAGAUCCAGGGCCAGCAGCAAGGUCAGAUGCUGGGUCAGGUCCUCCAAGUGCCCUCUGGGUCCCAUCAACAGCUUCAAGGUGUGACCACUGCACAGUUGAUUCAGCCUGGCGAACUCACCGAGGAGCAGCACCAACAGCUGCAAGCCCAGCUGGUGGCAGCUGUUGCAGGAGGACAGCAGAUUCAGAUCCAGACAGUGGGGGCUCUCUCUCCCACCCAGCAGCAGGACAAUGUUGAGAGGAGGGUGCUGGGCACUACCGUUGCCACAUCACAGGGAGCAGGUGUCCUCCAGCCAGCCAAGAAGCGCAAGGUUGAUAUGCCCAUCACUGUGUCCUACGCCUUGCCUGGUCAGCAAGUAGCCACAGUCCUGGCUAUCCCUCAGGGACAGGGCCAGCAGCAAAGUUACGUGUCCCUGCGGCCGGACCUCCUAACUGUGGACAGCUCCCACCUUUACAGUGCCACAGGCACUAUCACCAGUCCCACAGGGGAGACCUGGACAAUCCCAGUCUAUUCUGCUCCUGCAGGUUCCGGAGGCCGUGAGCAGGUCACGCACAUUGCCAUCCCCCAGGAGGCCUAUGGGACAGUGCAGGUUGCAGGGACAAACACUACAACAAUGACUACAAUGCCAACACAAGUUACAGUUGAAAAUGACAAGCUUAAAAGUCAAAGUCAAACAGUGCAGGCUGUUUCCAGCAUAACAAGCUCCGGGGGAAUGGGAGGCCAGGAAGAAGUGGUGCACACACUGGCUGCAAACACACUGUUCCCUGCCCAGCUGAUGAACGGAAACAUCCACAUCCCAGUGGCAGUACAGGGCUACUCCAAUGCUACACAGUCACUUAUCUGGGAUCCACAGCAGCAGGUGCUGCACACACAGGGGCUGUCAGGGCAGGAUGCGCAGCAGCUGCAGGGUCAGACAGUGGUAGCAGAGGUAGAUGGUCAAGGUCAGCAGCAGGUGCAGGUGCAGGAGCUGCUGCUUCCUGCCACUCUGAAGCCAGAGGAGGGGCUGGAGGUGUGGGGGCUUUGGGCUCAGCGGAAAAACGCAGAGUUGGAAAAAUCAGACAAGAAUAAACUGGCACCAAUUGGCCGGCGCCAGGCACUGCGUUUCCAGGAGGACUUGGUGUCCUGUGCGGUAGCUGAGCUCUGCAUGGGUCUCUCUUUGAUGACAACAGAGGCUCGGGGGCUUGAAGGGGAGACUUAUGAAGCCGAUGUUCUCUACUAUGUAUUUCUGUGCAUACAAAAAUAUCUGUUUGAUAAUGGUCGUGUGGACGACGUUUUCUCAGAUCAGUACUACACUCGCUUUGCUCACAGUUUGCACCAGAUCCUGGAGCCUUGGAGACCAUCUAUUCAUCCGCUAGGUUAUAUCAUCCCCAGUCAUGUGACGGAGGAGAUGCUGUGGGAAUGUAAACAGCUGGGAGCUCAUUCUCCCUCGACGCUGCUCACAACUUUAAUGUUCUUCAACACCAAGUAUUUCCACCUGAAGACAGUGGAUCAGCAUCUAAAAGUGGCCUUUUCUAAAGUGCUGAGACACACCAGGAAGAGUCCCAACAACCCCAAAGACAAGAGCACCAGCAUCCGAUACCUUAAGUCAACAGAGAGGUUCAUAGGACAGAAAGUCUCUGUCAGUCCGCAGAGUGCUAAAGGUCGCAAUGAUACCUUCUACCUGACUCCUGAGCCUGUGGUGGCUCCAAACAGCCCCAUCUGGUACUCAACUCAACCUAUCCCAAAAGAACAGCUGGAGCAGAUGCUCGCCCGCAUCCUCGUCGUCCGCGAAAUCCAGGAAGCCAUUAACAUGUCGGAGAGCGUGCACUAGUUGGACCGGAGGAGAAGGAUAAAUGGACUAGACUCUUCCUCUUUCUCUUCACCCAGCCUUUGAUUGCUCAUUAUUAGUAGUUUUCUAUUCUCUCACACCCUCUUGUGGUCUUAAAGGGUGGCAUGUAUAUGUUUAUAUUCACUAUGUGUGAGCAUAUCUUACUUUCACGGACUGUACAUAAAACCAAUACAGAUAAUAAUCUGUCUUAUGGAGGCAAUCUCUCGACUUUACCACCAAGUUAGUUUCUUUCUGUUUGGCCAAAGGAUGUAGUGUCUAAUCUUUUUAUUGGACCUGAACUCUAAUUUAAAUGUUAUUUUAACUGUUGGUUCUCCUUACCAAUAGUCUGGAAUUUUCCCUUCCCCAUUUUGUUUUAAUCUGUAAUAUAUUUCAUAUAUAUUUUCACUGGGGUUGGCCUGCGCUACGCUGCUUUUCAUAAACAUCCCUCUCUGUUGCUCUUCUUCCCCUCAUCUGCCUUGGUCACUGUUGAGUGUCACAGUGAAUACCUCAGUGGUAUUAAGACUGCAUUAAGGAGCCAAACAUAGGCUCAAAGCUAAUUUUCAACUUUCUCCCUUUUUCUUUGUAUUUCCACUCUCGUCUGUCUCGAGCUGAAUCCACAUGCAGACACACUGAACUCUGGAGAUGACUCGCUUGUUAGUGAAUGCUGUUUGCUUGCUGUUGGACUAGCUCGGCAGCCUUGAAUCACACUAGGACACAGACUUGACUGCAAUACAGUGUCGCCACUCGCCCUGCAGCUACUAGCACUUGCCACACGGUGGAGACGUUGGCAGACGGAGGGGCGAAGGCUGCCAACUGCUGCUGGAUCCUCCUCUCUCUCUGUCCUGUCCAUUGCAAACUCCAAAACUCACCCGAAGAGGGAUCUGUUGUAUCAUACAUGUUUAUUACAUGACAGAUGAGAGACUCUAAAAAAGUGGGUUAGCCCUUUUAUGUUCUAUAAUGUAUAAUACUCAUAGCUCCUUCAUGUACUGUAAUGGGUUUCAGUCAUCUAAGGAGAAUGGCAGUGCCUGUGUGUUUUUGAAACAUGACCUUUUUUGUACAGCCACUA